GGCGGAGAGUGAGGAAUAGAUAGAAAGAGAUAUGGGAAGAAGGAUCGGAGACGCGGAGGCGGAGCUCAACUUGCCGCCGGGAUUCCGGUUCCACCCCACCGACGAAGAGCUUCUGGUCCACUACCUCUGCCGGAGAGCUUCUCAUCAGCUUCUCCCCGUUCCCAUCAUCGCCGAGCUCGAUUUGUACAAAUAUAACCCUUGGGACUUACCUGAUAAGGCGUUGUUCGGAACGCGGGAGUGGUACUUCUUCACGCCGCGAGAUCGGAAGUACCCCAACGGAUCACGGCCGAACCGCGCCGCCGGGCGAGGGUACUGGAAAGCAACAGGGGCGGACAAGCCGGUCACGCCGGCGGGAUAUUCCCGGCCGAUUGGUAUAAAGAAAGCCCUGGUUUUCUACGACGGGAAGCCGCCGAAAGGCGCAAAGACGGAUUGGAUCAUGCAUGAGUAUCGCCUCGCUGAUGCCAAUCGCAGCGCGAGAAGAAAUGGGAGCUUGCGGUUGGACGAUUGGGUGCUGUGCCGAUUGUAUAAUAAGAAGAAAGGAUGGGAGAGGAUACCGAAGGAGGAGACGGACUUGACGGAGGACAGUUUCAGGACGCCGGAAUCUGACAUCGAGUUGCCGGAUUUGGAUGAUUUGGGGCACGAAGCAGUGGAUAUGAAUCGCAGCUCAGGCGCGGCGCAGCUUCCGCCAGCUGCGCCGGCGAUUAAAGAGGAAUACGAUUGGUACUCGGAUCUGAACCUGGAAGAUUUGCAGAAUUCGUUUGGGCCUUUUUGAUCAACGCCGGCGUCGAUGUUUCCACGCAGGAGUGCUAUGUCUCGAGCUUAGUUUCUCCUAAGUCGUCGCAAAAUUUGGCUUCUUUUUGAAGAGAUUGAUCGACCGAAGCAGAGGAGAGAAAUCAAUUUGAUCUUUAUCUCAAUUAGUUGAUAUUGGUUAAUCAAAGAAGCAGCUUUUAUGUAUAUAUUUCUCUCCCGGAGCAGUGAAAUUUUUUAAUGAUAGGAAGCUUAUCUUUUUUGUGCAAGUUUUAUAA